CCAGAUAUGAAGAUGAAGCCAAAUACAUGUUUGAGGCUGAAGAUAAAAGGACUUCUGGAAAGUUGUUUAUCAAAGGUAUUCGCCUUGAAUUUAUCAGGCCGAUUAAAGAUGUGACUGUGAAGGAACGUGAAACUGCAGAGUUCAGCGUCGAACUCUCUCACGAAAAUAUCCCGGUGGUCUGGUACAAAAAUGACGUCCGUCUGCACCCUAGCAAGGUGGUGCACAUGUCAGAGGACAGAAAAGUCCACACACUGGCCUUCAAGGAGGUCACCAUCGACGACACCUCCAUGAUCAAGGUGGAGGCCAUGGGCAAGACCUCAGAGGCCAUGCUCACUGUGCUCGAGGGUGAUCUCUACUUCACAGUGAAGCUCCAGAACUACACCGCCGUCGAGAAAGAUAAGGUGAUGUUGUCCUGUGAGCUGAGCAAGGCCGCCGGCGAGGUCCGGUGGUUCAAGGACGGUAACGAAAUAUUUCCCUCCAAGAACAUUCUCAUCCAAUCAGACGGCAAGAAGCGCAUGCUGGUGAUCAAGAGGACGGCAAAGAGCAGCAAGGGAGAGUACACCUGCGACUGUGGCACCGACAAAACCACAGCCGACCUGAACAUCGAAGGUAAUACCUGCGGCGAUCCAGCCCCUCCUCCAAACCCUGGUCAGGACUGCAGAAUCAGACCCCGCCCACCGCCGUUCGCCGAAACUCCACCUUUCUCUGCCAUUUUCCCUCCAUCACUGUGUUCUGUAUUCUCAUACUCAUUGUUUGUAAUGUUUGUGACGUGAUAUCAUAAUCCAACGUGAAACAUCUUCAUUAUAACUGUAUACAGAAACACUUUAUGAACUCUGAGGAAACAACGGAGACACAAUCUGUCAUGUUAAUGUCUCCUCACUCAGAUGCCCAUAAUAGUGUUCAUAUACAUGUUAUAAUCACUUAUUUUUGUGUGUGUUUAUUCAUUAGGAAUGUUUACAUUUUACAAGAGAUUUCAGGAUGCACAUUAACAGUCAAAUUUUGAAAUAUUUUUUGGGGAAAGAUUUCCAUUAUCCUGUAAGGGAAAGUGAAAAUUUGCACCAAAUUUAAAGCAAAAAACGUAUAGGUGAGCACAGGAUUAGGGGCUCACUAUCUGCAAAAUGUUUUGGAAAAUUACAAUUUUUUUAAUGCUUUAAAUCAAAGUAGUAAAAAUUAAGGCUUGUGUAGACUAUUUGUUUGUCAGGAUGUUGAUAAUAUAAAUGCAUUUAUAAAGUUAGCCAUGACUGUGUAGUUGAUUUAUGUAAACUUUUUUAAUAUGUCAUGUUUAAUUUUUUUAAUCCAGUUUAUUAAUUUGGUUUUCAGUACACAGUAUCAGUAAUAAAGUAAUUAACAUAUUCCUGUUUGCAAAAAGAGAAAAGUAAAAAUAAAUACAUUGAUAAAUA